AUGACAACGAACAGUAGUUCAAUCACGACUGGUCAUGCAUAUCGAUUGCGACCGUUGAAUACCAGUGGAUCAACAAACAGUUCCACUCUGAGUGGAUCAUUGACGAAUUCGGGAACAACGAAUACAAAUUCAAAUUCGUCAUACUAUGGUGCAUCAACAUCUACGACACCGGUUGUUGCUUCACCGACAUGGAGUUAUUCAUCACCAAGUCAAUUAGCACGAAAAUAUGCAAAUAUCGCACCAAUCUGGUGCCAUAUCACCAAACCGCGACAAUUGAAAAAGAAAUUUGCUUCGACCUUUCAUCAAGCUCAAUCGUUAGUCGGUUUCUAUAAUGAAGAUCGCGCACCGAGUGAACGACGAGGUUCGAUAAAUCAAUCUCAAACAUCAUCAUUAUCAUCACAAUCUCAACAACAACAGCAGCAGCAGCAACAAAAUUCAAAGUCCAAUCAACAGACACCAUUAACUCUUCAUAAUCCACAUCAUUAUGAUUCAUCAAGUAAUUAUCGUCCAACAUAUUCAUCACAUUAUACUCCACAUGACUCUAAUGCUGAAUCUUUAUCGACAACGAGUACAGCAGCAACGUCUACGGGAAAUUCGAAAGCGAAAAAGAAAUAUGCAGGGAGUGCUUUGACAGUACAUAUUCCAUCGCGGUAUCAAUCACCGCCGUCAACAGCUGUCGAGGAGAAAUUUUCAACUCCAACUGAACGUAAAGCUCGAAUCGAUCAAUUGAAAGAUUUGGUUUUCAAUACUCGUGUGAAAGAUACAAUGAUUGGACGGACAGAUUCGAAAAAUCGCUCGAUGACGAACCUACUCAAAGCGAAUUCUUUCAAACGUCUGGAUCAAAUAUCGAAUUAUAAAGAUGAGGAUCAUCAACAACAACCAUCGAAUAUACCUCCGACAACUCCGACAAGAAAAGAUUCCCAUUAUUAUCAUUAUCAUUUGCCAACCAGCCCAAUCACAUCCGCGCUGACGGAAAAUCUCAACAGGCCUAUUCUACCUGCAACACAUUCAUCAUCAUCGGCAGCAACAGUAACUACACCAACUUAUAAUUAUGAUUAUUUACGAGCAAAAUCCAAAGAACAUGUUCGACCUGCAUAUACCGAAUUUGCAUAUCCAACGGAUAGUGGAACGACAACAACAACACCAACAGCAUUAACUCGAUCAUAUGAUGAUCAUAAUUAUAUAAGUAAACCUUCAUCAACCAUUGAUAAAAAUUCUUCAUAUUCAGCUGUGACUUCUUAUCCAACCUAUCAAACCCCAUCAUCAUCAAAACGACGAAUUAAAAAAUAUCUACUCGCUAAAGGUACAACGAAUGCUGGUCUUUCACAUCAAACAGAACCAAUCGUCAGCAAUUUCGAAAAUAUCUCGCUAGCCGAUGAAGAAAACUCCAAUAUAAUCAUUGCAAAUACACAUGCAUUAACACCAUCAUCACCACCACCACCACCACCAACGACGACAUCGAAACCUGUUGUUCCAUCACUUCAUUCAACACCGCCAAUUCCAACAUUGAGUCCGCCACCAUCUCCACCACAUGUCUCAUCAAGUAAUACAAACAUCGAUUCAGUCGUUUUUUCCACACCUAAUGCUCAAUUAUCACCAAGUCCACCGAAUCUGAAUAAUGUUAAUAACCAAAAGAAUCCUUCUUCUCUUCUUUUACCAUUGACUGCUUCAUUAGCAACCCUCAAUAAACAACAACAACAACAGCAGCAGUUUGAUUCAACUUCGGAACUUCUUCCACAUAGUGGCAAAGAACAAUCACCAUCUCGAUCGAUGGUGGCUUCAACUGGAGAAGAAGGGAAACGGUAUAAUCAGAAAGAUUCAUCCGAAACUCGACCAAUCGUCAAUGGAUCUGGUGUUGAACGAGCAGAAAGUAUCACAAGUACAACCUCGAUAGCAAAACGACAAAAAAAUACCAAUUACAGCACGAGUACUCGAUAUCAACCGAAAACUUCGACAUCACCGACAACUCGUAAACAUCGACGAGACAAAAGUGAUUCAGGUCGGGUGAACAUUCGUGAUGAUGAUGAAGGUCAUCUAAUCUACGUCCCAGGUGAUAUCUUACAUCAUCAAUAUGAAAUUCGUCGAACAUUGGGCGAAGGUACAUUUGGAAAAGUUGUCGAAGUUCGUGAUCUUCGCGGUGAUGUAACAAAGCAUGUAGCAUUGAAAAUUAUCAAGAAUGUCGAUAAAUAUCGUGAAGCGGCCCGGUUAGAAAUCAAUGUACUGAAAUCAAUCAAAGAGAAAGAUCCUGAAGGAGUCAAUUUGUGUGUUACAUUACUCGAUUCAUUCGAUUAUCAUGGUCAUAUGUGUAUUGCCUUUGAUAUGUUAGGUUUAAGUGUCUUCGAUUUUUUGAAAGAUAAUAAUUAUAUUCCAUAUCCAAUUGAUCAAGUUCGACAUAUUUCGUAUCAAUUAUGUCUGGCAGUUAAAUUUCUUCAUGAAAUCGCAUUAACACACACGGAUUUGAAGCCAGAAAAUAUUCUCUUUCUGAAUUCGGAUUAUAAUAUUGUUUAUAAUCAUCGAAAGAGAAGAGAUGAACGUGUUGUACGGCGAACUGAUAUCAAAGUUAUUGAUUUCGGUUCGGCAACAUUCGAUUGGGAACACCAUUCAACGAUCGUCUCUACACGACAUUAUCGAGCACCGGAAGUUAUUCUCGAAUUAGGAUGGUCACAGCCAUGUGAUGUUUGGAGCAUUGGAUGUAUUCUUUUCGAGCUUUAUCUUGGAUUUACUUUGUUUCAAACUCAUGACAAUAAAGAACACUUGGCUAUGAUGGAAAGAAUAAUCGGUCCCAUUCCCUAUCGAAUGGCGAAGCAAUCAAAAAAAACGAAGUAUUUUUAUCAUGGUCGAUUGGAUUGGGAUGAACGAAGUUCAGCUGGUCGAUAUGUACGCGACAAUUGCAAACAAUUACGACGUUACAUGGUGACGGAUGAACUCGAUCAUCAACAAUUAUUUGAAUUAAUCGAAAAGAUGCUCGAAUACGAUCCAAAACGACGAAUAACAUUAACUGAAGCUCUCGAACAUCCAUUCUUCGAACGAAUUCUACCGGAACAACGGAUUACCAAUGGCACAUCUUCCAAAUCUUCAUAA